AUGGUCAGAGUGGCUCUGGGAAUGGUGCUCCUCGUCGAGGAAAUCAUGGCGGAUCAAGAAAACAUCGUAAGUAACAUGUUCACAACUGCCUUCGUACUGUCCAGCAUCGUGCCGGCACCUGUUCUUCCAUUUGUCCUUCUAGUCACUGCGCGCAAGUAUAAGAUUGAUCCUGGGGCUUCCCACCCCCUUUGGAUCCCUAAGAUACCUUCGAUAGACAAUAUGGCUCGAGAUCUAUCUACAGCACCAUCGAAGCCAGGAGAGCGUACAAGGAAGUUCCAACAGCGCAAAUACCUUACCUCUUACUGGGAAGUCCUAGGUGAUAAGUUAAGGGCUCGUAAAAUGAACAAGAAGAAGAAAUUCAAAGCCUCUGGAGCAGAGGAGGAGGACAGGUCGCAUCAUGGCCAUACAGACGGCCCUCUAUUUUUCCCACAACAUAAUAACCGUGAAACGGACGAUGAUGAUAUGGUACCGCCACAGCUGUUCCGCAGUGCACCCAAUCAAGCACCGCAGGGGGCAUUCUUUGGCCAAGGGCAGGCUCGAUCGCCCCAGCAGCAGCAACAGCAGCCUCAGUCCCACCGGAUGCCCACCAUGGCUGACGGUAGAGGGCUACAAAGCGGAGAGAUGGUGGCGCAUCUGCAGCGAGGAGGGCAGACGGAGUAUGAGGAGCUCGGGGCGGAGCCCUGGGCGCAUUUCCAAAAUUUCCACUGGCACCUCGACACCAACAACAGCAACAGCAACAACGACGCCAAAAGAGCGCCCAGAAUGCCGAAACGAAAGCGCGAAUCGCCUGCUCCCACCGCAAAGCUUCCCCCAGCUUCCCUAGCCACGCCUGCGAAACAAGCCAAGAGCUGUCAAAAGUGCCUCGAAGCUGCGCAAAAGCCGCUUCUCGCAGCGCUGAAACAUGGUUCCUCGCUGGAGCGCCAGAAACAUAGUCGCAGGAAGAAGGAUGCGCAGAAGAAGGGCGACCAGAAGGCAAUUUCUCGCUUGGAUGCCGAAUACCAAGUUUUGAAGGCGCUGAACCUGGAGCAGCUAGGCGAUCAGCAUUUGCGCAAGACUCUGGCAAGGGUCAAAAGCUUGAAGGACGCGGAGCAACUACGGGAAUACAUCGCCGGUAUCAGGGAGGGAAGCAAGGACACCAGUACUCUCAAUGUUACCGCGAGGUUGUUCAAGGUGGUGCAUGUGAAGAAGGUGGUGGAUGGUGUCGUUGAGGACUUGAAGAACAUUCUGGGAGCCGGCAAAGCCAAGGAAAGCAACCAGAAGGAGGAAGGGGACAAAGACAUCAAGGCGGAGGGCAUGAAGAAGCAGAAGGAUGACAAGAAGGCGAAGAGCUCCAAGUCUGCCCAGACGGAAGACGUAGAGAUGAAGGACGCAAGCGACGAAGGCGACGAUCCAUACAUGGCUUUCAGCGCGCGGAUAGCUGCGCCAUCUUCAGGCGAGGAGGGAAGCGAGGGCUCAAUAUCGGACGACGAUCGACCCCCAAGUAUCAGAGACAGCGAAAGCGAACACGACCCCGACGACGAUCUGGAGGCCGAGAGCGCAAGCGAGGAUGAUGGGAAAGAAGGCGCACAGGCAGACGGGACCAGCGAAGAUGAGGAUGCAGCCAUCUCGCGCGCUGUGGCUCCUGCUUCAGACGAGUCUUCUGCCGAUUCAGAAUCCGACUCCGAUUCCGACGAAGCCGCGAUACUCACCAAGAAAAGCAAACCCAAAACCAUACAAGACAAACCCACCUCGUCCGCCUUCCUCCCCGCGCUCAGCCACGCCGCCUACUUCAGUGGCUCUGAAUCCGAAGCCUCCGACCUCGACGUCGACGUCGCUCCACGAAAGAAUCGCCGUGGCCAACGCGCCCGUCAAAAGAUUGCUGAGAUGAAGUUUGGCGCAAAAGCCAAACACAUCGAGAAAGCACAACAGAACGUCAAGUUCGACGCCAAACGAGGAGCCGUUGCCGGCGACGGUAAGCGUCAAAGACGAGGCAAGCCCAUGGGACCUGGUCUCCAACAGAGUGGAAGCAACGCAGAGCCACUGGGUAAGAAGGACGACAAAAAGGAUAGGAAGAUGGGCCUGGGUGUCAAACGUGACGACAAGGGCGAACUGCAUCCUAGUUGGCAGGCUGCGAAGAUGGCAAAGGAGAGCAAGAAGUUGAAGAUUGAUGUUGCGGGCAAGGGUGCGCCGCAGGGAAAGAAGGUUGUUUUUGAUUGA